AUGGAGAAGAAUUAUAUCUCGGUGGUUGGAGUUCCAGAUGCGAUUCCCGUCAAGUAUAUGGAGGUGACCGAGAUAAAUACCUGCAAUGGUUUUUAUUGUGACUAUUUCUCUGCCAACAAAAAUUUUAAACCGAAGAUGUGGACCGAAGCCUGGACAAGAUGGUUCACUAAGUUUGGAGGUGCAGUGCCUUAUAGACCAGCUGAAGAUUUGGCAUACUCAGUAGCUAAGUUUAUUCAGAGUGGUGUAUCUUUUAUCAACUAUUAUAUGUAUUAUGGAGGAACUAAUUUUGGGCGGACAGCAGGUGGCCCGUUUAUUGCUAUAAGCUAUGAUUAUGAUGCUCCCCUUGAUGAAUACGGUAUGUUAUGA